AUGCAGGUCCACCCAUUUGUCCUUUUCGCGAUUGUUGUGCCGCUUGUCAGCGCUCUCUCUCCUGCGGCCUCUUUGGGACUCGGUCUGGUGUUACCCGGCGCUCGUGACUUUGAGUCAAGCACUGUCACGGGACUUGGGAGGUUACGUUCAACUGACGAAUUCGUCCGGGAGCAAAACGACGGUCAGGCCGACAGUUUCGUACAGAUCCUUCGCGACAUUUUCAAGCCGCCGAACCCCUACGAAAAGUACUUCAAGCAAACAAACUCCAUCGGUGAAGCCUUCAAUAUGUUGAACCUCGGCUCUCAACCCGUUUACAAGAAAGGCAAGAUCAACAAGAGAGACGUCAUCCGCCUUUUCACGGGUCGACGAUUCAAGGCUUGGUCCAAGCAUGUCAUAAUGAAGAGCGAGCGAAACCCGUACGAUGACAUGUUUGAAUACCUCAACAGUAGGUUCGGUGAUGAGAACUUUGCAAACAUAGUUCAGGUGCUGAUGGAUGCGAGAAAGACACGCAAACUUGGUAUGGAGCUGGGAGAGGCAAUGAGGAUGUACUACCUUGCAAAAAGUAUGACCGGCGGAAAAGUCGUGAUGUGA